UCGAAAGACAACAUGUCUUGGAGUCUUGUGUUAUUUUUUUGUGUUAUUGGAGAAGUUUUUGGGAAUUUUUCGGUGAUUGUGAUUGGGGCUGGGCCUUCUGGGAUCGCUGCUGCGACUAAACUUUUGCAAAAUUCGGUCAAUGUCACCAUUUUGGAGGCCGAAAGUCGGAUUGGAGGUCGAAUAAACACUGUCAAGUUUGGGGAUGGGUUGGUCGAACUUGGGGCUGAAUAUUGUCACGGGGAGGAGGGAAAUAUUGUCAAGGAGCUUGUCAAAGACUACGAUUUACUUGAACCAACGUUUAAUUACCUCAAUGGGCAGAUUUACUACUCCAAUGGGUCGAAAUUGAACCAUGAGUUUGUCCGGGAGUUACAAGACUUGAUUUUGAGCGAAAACAAGGAGGAGAACUAUGACACUAGGGGAAAGUCAAUUGGGGAGGUUUUCAUGCACAGAUACAACUCAACCCUCGUCGAGAAGUACAAAACCGACCCAAACAAGCUGAAAUUGCUGAAAGAAGGGUUGCACUUCGCCGAGAGGACAAUCCUGAUCUCCGAGGGCUCCUUCUCAUGGUUUGACGCUUCGGCUGAUUCCGAUUGGUUGGAAUGUCCCGGAAACCAAACCCUAGUCUGGAAAGGGGUGGGCUACAAAACCAUCCUCGAAAUCCUCAUGAAAAACUACCCCAACCCGGCCCAAAAACUACCCCUAACCGACAAUCUCCUCCUCGACUCGAAAGUAACCAAAAUCAAUUGGGGGGAAAAACCCCUCAAAGUCCACACUUCUCUCAAGGUUUACUCGGCCGAUUUCGUCAUUUUCACCCCCUCGAUUGGGGUUUUGAAGGCCGGGGGGGAGUUAUUCACCCCUCCUCUCCCCUCCAAGAAGCGCCAAGCCAUAGAUUCCAUCGGUUUUGGCGGAGUUGUGAAGCUUUUUCUGCGAUUUCCGGUCAAGUGGUGGAGUGACAAUGACAAGUAUUUUGCCUUUUUCUGGAGUGAAACCGACUUGGAGAGUGAGAAUUUCCCACAAGGGCCCCGGAAAAAUGGGAAAUCCUGGGUCACCCAACUGUUGGAUUUGUCCCGAGUUGGGUACAAUACCAACGUUUGGAUGAUCUGGAUUUCGGGUGAGAUGGUCCCCGAGAUUGAAAAACUGUCACUUGAGAUCCUCAAACAGGGGGUGAAAUUCACCCUUGAGAAGUUCCUCGGGAAGGAUUACAAUAUUACGGAAAUAGGGGAGGUUUUAAGGUCAAAUUGGGUCGCCAAUGAGAAUUUCCGGGGGACGUAUUCGUUCACGAGGAAAGGGUUGUACCAAAAAGGGGUGUCGUACCAGAACGACCUGGGGGAGCCCCUCCAAGGGCUGCUUUUCGCAGGGGAGGCUACGAAUCCGGUGCAUUUUGCCACGGUGCAUGGGGCCAUCGAGAGUGGCCAUCGGGAGGCCCAAAGAAUCCUCGACUUACAAAAUAAAAAUUAAAAUGUACGAUUAAAGGUCAAUAAAGAUAAAACAAACAAGUUA